UCAAUUGCAAUUCAGAUUUCAGAAUUAGAUUUCAGAUUUUCAGACUUCACUCCACGACUCCACACCACAUCUCACGCCCUCACGGUCUCAUCGUCUCCACUCUCCACUCAUUUUCUCCGUUCCCAUAAUCUGUAAUCUCCCGUCUCCACGCGACCACGCUGUUCCACGGUCUGCCGGUCUGGGUGUUUGGCAUUCGACUUCCACAGCACCACACCACCACUUUCCGGCUUCUACCCAGUCGGUCGAGAGCCCGAGACUCCGACUAUUCUCCGAGUCUCCGAGUGUCCGUCGUCCGACAGUGUCCAGUCCAGUUGGGCCUGCAAAAUGACCACGGCCUAAAUCAAGGGGCCACUCAAUCGUACAGCCCAAAACCCCGAGAAAUUUUUGAAGCAGCGAAGCACCAUGAUUCGGGGGAAUUUUUCCUCUCAUUCUUAGAAGAUCAAUUGUGAAGCUGGUGAAAGAAGAAUUCGUAUUAGUAGCAGAGCUCCACAGAAACAUUGUCGCGGCUCGCGGCUCGCGGCGAGCUCUCAAUUCCAUAGCAUAACCUGAAAUCUGCUCAGCUGAACCCUAAUAUCAAUUGAAAGAUUCACAGCGCCAAAACGAAGUUGCUGUAUUUCAAAAACUAUUGCUAUGGCUGAUAAGAAGGCACUUUUUCGGGCAAAACUAGCACAGAGGAAAGAGAAGCGAAUUGAGAGUCCUCUUGUAAGGUAUAAUGAGCUUGAGCAACCUGUCUGUAGAGUUUGUGAUGUUAUCCUGAAAUCUGAGACAGACUGGACUGUUCACCAAGCUUCUCGUAAACACAAUGCGGCAAUCAAUAAUCUCAAAGCCAAUGCUGCUGCACUAAAGCAAACCAAGAAUCUGAAGCCUGGGCUUUCUAAAGAUUUACCUAAGCCUGAGCCUGAGAAUCAUGAAGAGUUGCAUAAUAAAGAAGCUGAACCUGCAGGAUUGUCUAAACGUCGACAAUCAUCUUCUCUUCCUCCCAACUUCUUUGAUAGUAAAGAAACAAAGAAACAGAAAAGUGUCACUGCUCAAACUGAAGAAUUGCAGCCACCUAUAUCAAGGAGCAAAGUGGACAUAGCAAAUGAAAAUGUUGACUCAAAAAUUUCUGAAUUGGGGCCAUCCAGGGAACAACUAGCAAAACAGAGUCUUGGUUCAGAAGCUAGGAAAGCCAAAGGAGUUCUUCCUGAAGGAUUUUACGAUAAUAAAGAUGCUGAUUUGCGUGCACGUGGUAUUGCACCAGUCAAACCUGAUGUCAAGGAUGAGUACAAGGAAUUUGAGAAGUUGAUCCAGGAGGACUUACAGGAGGUUGACAAACGUUUAGAGGAAGAGGAGUAUGAUGCAGCUGAUAUGAUUGAAGAGGCUGAGACCGUGGAACAAAGGGCCUAUAGGGAAAGGGUGGAGAGGUUGAGGAAGAGAAAGAUGGAACUUAAGGCUGCCAAGUCUACCAUUCGUGGCAAAGACACUCAGAUCACUAACAAGGAGUCUAGCGAUGAAGAGUCAUCAAGUGAUGUCGACAGUGAUGAAAAUUUAACAGUUGAUUGGAGAGCUAAACAUCUGUGAAAUUCUCAUGGUUUUUUUUUGGAUCUGAAAGUUGACGGAACCAUUAUUGGUAGGAACUAGGAAGUUUAGAUGCUUGUGUCUCCAAACAUGAACUGCGAAUUCUCAUUGCUUUGUUGUUACAUAAUGCAAAUUCUAACACAUGCAGAAGCUGUUUUAUUGUGAAAAUGGCAAAGUUGAACCUCUGUAAGCCUCAAAGAAUCAAAUACGAGAGACAUAACACAUGCUCAUCUAUCAAUAUGGCAAUUUUGGGAUAUUUAGCUGAUACAUAUAUGUUUGUACAAUCAAAGCUUCUUUUCUGCUAUCUGUUAUUCUCCAACCGGUCUUAAGGUAAGGCUGCUCCGCUCUUAAUUUACUGUAAAAACAAUUACUUAAAAACAAACAUGCUGGCCAUCGAGUAUUGUUUAUUUUUUGUGUUGAAUACUUUAUUUUGUUUUACCCAU